UCAUUUCCCAGCAUGCCCCGCGCGUUUUCUUCCCUCCCUCCUUCCUUCCUUCCUGCAGCCUCGGCCCUUCUGCCGUAAAAAAGGAAGAUGAGCAGCGGCGGGAUCCGAACCUGAACCCAUCUGACUUCCAGCGGAAUGGCGGCGCGGCGGCUGCUGACGGACCGGAGCCCGAGCUCAGCUGCCGUUCCCCGGCCUUGAACCCCGUCGCGACCCCGCCGGCCGGAGCCCGCUGGAGUCCCGGAGCCGCGGAGCCUGGAGGAGCGGCGGGAGGAGCUGCUGCAGCCUUCCGGGCCGAGCCGGGCCGAGCCGCGCCAAGGCGAGACGCGCCGAGCCGAGCCGAGCCGUCGCCUCCCGCCCCGCUGACGAUGCUCGGCUGGCCGCGGGAGUGAAGCCUCGACAGCGCCGCACCCUGAAACCAGACCCGAUCUCCCCCUGUCCCCCUUCAGGCUGCAGCAUGGAGCGCUCCGGCAGCAUCCAGCUGGACAUCCCGGACUUCAGCAACUCCGUUCUGUCUCACCUGAACCAGCUGCGCGUUCAGGGCCGUCUCUGCGACAUCGUGGUCAACGUGCAGGGUCAGAGCUUCCGGGCGCACAAGGUCGUCCUCGCCGCCAGCUCGCCGUACUUCCGGGACCACAUGUCUCUGGGCCAGAUGAGCACCGUGUCGCUGACGGUGAUCCGCAACCCGUCGGUGUUCGAGCAGCUGCUGUCCUUCUGCUACACGGGACGCCUCUGCCUGCAGCUCGCCGACAUCAUCAGCUACCUGACGGCCGCCAGCUUCCUUCAGAUGCAGCACAUCAUCGACCGCUGCACUCAGAUCCUGGAGGGGAUCCACCUGAAGAUCAGCCUGGCCGACCUGGACGAGGACACCCGGGAGGAGGACGCGCCGGCGGCGGCGGCGGCGGCGACUCGGGGCUCCAGGAACUGCAGGACCCUGGAGCCCGCGGUGCGGGCAGGCAAUCAUCACGCCAGCCUGCGGCUGCUCGCCGCGAGGGGGGGAGGAGCCGAGGUGUGCGAGGCCGUCAGCCCCGCCGAGGAGCCGCUCAGCCCGCCGACGACCGUGGAGCACAGCGGGCUGGAGGGUUCCAGCGCCCCCGGCAGAGGGGGCAAGGAACCAAUCCUUCGCAUCAACCGGGCCGGUCAGUGGUACGUGGAGACCAACAGUGAGCCGGAGCGGACCGGCAGCGCAGAGGAGGGCGGCGGCGGCGGCGGCGGCGGCGGUGGCGGCGGCAUGGACCGCGUGAGGAUCAAGACGGAGAGGAUGGACGACUGGAUUGGAGCAGGGGAGCACCAGGAGGAGGGGGGGGCGAUGGAGGAGGGGACCACCGUGAUGAUUGACACGUCGGGACGCAGCACGCUGGUGACGGCGCCGGGGGGUCCGCUGGGGAACCGCAGCGCCCAACCGUCCUCAAGCUUCAGCGAGACGGACAGGUUUAGUCCCACCGGCAGCGUGGUCGUCCUGGCGGAGCGUCAGAGGGCGAAGAGCGAGUCGCCCGGCAGAGCAGACGAGCUGCGACAGCCGAAUUCCCAGGGGGAGGAGCAUGCGUCGUUUGAUAUGGGCGGCUACGAGGACUACCUGAGGGAGCAGGUGGGGGACCGCUGGUACCGCUACAACCCCCGGCUCACCUGCAUCUACUGCUGCAAGUCCUUCAACCAGAAGGGCAGCCUGGACCGCCACAUGCGGCUGCACAUGGGCAUCACGCCGUUCGUCUGCCGCAUCUGCGGCAAGAAGUACACCCGGAAGGACCAGCUGGAGUACCACAUCCGCAAGCACACCGGCAACAAGCCCUUCCACUGCCACGUGUGUGGCAAGAGCUUCCCCUUCCAGGCCAUCCUCAACCAGCACUUCCGCAAGAACCACCCGGGCUGCGCUCCCCAGGAGGCCCACAGCGCCUCCCCCGAGACCACCACCGCCUCCGUCACGUCCAGGGGCGGGGCGCCGAGCGACGAGGCCUCGCCCAGCCAGGAGGAGCCCGAGGGCGGCGGAGGCCAGUACGGCGAGGGACCCCAGGCGUCGGUGUCCACCACGGGGCCCGAUUGACCCACCCCCCCCCCCAUUGCCCCACCCGCGGGUGAGAAAGGGGGGAGGGUCCGCGUUGGGGUUGCGCCGAACCCGCUGAAGUGGACCGGCCACAGAAAAGGGCCGGAGAGUCCGCACUGAGAGGAUUUAAACCACAUCUACCUUUACUAACCAAACCGAACCGGUUUAAGCUACGACGAAGAAAUGCCACACACCCCCGACAACCUCACGCGCCGCGCCGCCGCCCUCGUCCGCCGCCGCCGCCGUCUUCUUUACGUUACAGAUUUCUACUUUUAUAUUAUGUCACAGGUUCUGCUGGGAACUUUGCCAAACUACUCGGUGCCAGUCCAACAGUUUCAAAUCCUUCAUGUUUGCCUUGAGACAAUCUGGAGCGGCAAGGUUAAUGAUGAUAAUAAUAAUUAUAAUAAUAAUAAUAAUGAUAAUCCCGCACGCUCUUUUUAAUACAUCAGCAUAGUAAAUAUUAUUCAGUCAUUUAAAAAAAACAGAAAAACCUCCUUCUGUCGUUCAGUUCCAGUGUUGUCAGAGCUUCUUUCCAAUCUGCAUCUCUCAUGAAGCUCUGUGGAACAGAAGUGAAGUGAUGCCGGGAAUCUGACUGGUACUAUAGAUUAGCUCACUUAUUGAUUGAUCCAUUGAUCAGCACGUCAAUCAUUCUGUCCGUAUGAUCUGAUGGUCAGUUCACCGUCUCAGCUUGUCUUUAGAAUUGCCUUCUUUUUUUUUUUAAACUGUGAUCCAACAAAUUCAUUGCGUCAUCUUAUUUGACAUUUAAUCAUAUUUUUUGUGAUUUAAAAAAAAAUCAUUCACACGUUGCUUAAUCUAAAUACGUUAUAAAACAUAUUGUGACUUAAAAGUAGAGCCGCUGCUAAAUCACUUCAGUCGCUAAACUCUGAAGCCUCUACAUAGAAUAUCGUCAAUAUAUAUAUAUAUAUAUAAUAUAUAAUAUCAAAGUUAAACGCUGAAAAUUUAAGUUGAGUGAAAGUCGUUUGAUCUAAAAAUGAACUACAUAUUUUGUCCUCUCGGCUCCUUCCGGAGCUCCCGGCUGUCGCCCGCGGCCUCCUCCUGCCAAUCAGAGCUGCUCAGGUGUCACCUGAGCGCGUUACCUCAGCACCUGUUCAACUAACCGGAGGACGGCCGCGGUACCCGGCAGGAAGCUCUAGCGACAGAUAGACAUGGAAGUAUGGAAGUGGAGAGCUCCGAUCACACUGAUCAAUUCAAACGUUUCAGACUAUAAGUGUUGUUUUAGCAGACAGAACGGACUCACAGCAGGAAGCCUCGGAUAAGCUACACAGUUACCUCUCACCGCUACGCAAUACAGCUGCAGCUCCGCCGGCGGGCUCUGAUCCACACGGAGCUCCGUCUCAGAUAGUUUUAUAAACAAUUAUGUUUUUUUUUGUUUUUUUUUCAUGAGUUUCUUCGACACUUUUUCGUUUUGUUGUUUUUGUUGCUCUGACAAUGUCUAAGACGGAAGACAAGAAAGUUCAGGACCGGAUCAGGAACAGUUUUAUGUUAAUGACGCCUUAAAUCUGCUGCACCAAGAGAAAACACCCUCAAACUAAAGAGCAACAAGUCAAAGAGAGGACACACAACCCUAAAAUCAACCCGGAAUAAUUAACAGAAGACAGCCAGCUAGCUGUGUCAUCUUCAAAAUGGAGGCCAAUUAUGCUAAUAUUAGCUUGCAAGCUGGCAUAUCUUUUCAUUUAAUUAUGUUAAUUAACCUUAGACGCACACAACUUUAUUAAACCGUUGUGUCCUGGUCGUUAACGUUUGUGAGCUUAUGAGUUUACAAGUUAACGGUUUAAUUAGUUUUCUUCUGACCAACAACAUUAGCUUACGUACCAAGUUAGCUGUUUUUUAAGCUUAAACCUACUUCAGUAAAACAUUUUCAGGCUAAGGCCGACAGGGGACGUCUUUCUGAUCGGUGUUAUCUCCGUAUUAGUCCACGUUGUGUUUAGCUUAGCUUAGCUGGAUACUGCUAGCGCAGCCUCGCUGUGGGUUGACUACGUUGACACUAGCUAAUGCUAGUGGGCAGCUAACGUUUCGCUGCACAUGUGCAGCAGAGGUGCAGCGUCAUGGCGACAGACGGUCCUUUUAUCGGGUCACUGAUCGUGGAGCGACAGGACGGGGGAGCCAGACCCCCCCCCCGUCAGACCACAUGGAUGUAGUAGCCAGGACGCGGAGCUGGACUAGAACUCGACUCCUCAGAGGUCAAAGGUCACAUGCAGACAAACAGAGGUCGGAUCGCCCGGGCAACGUUGGAACUCCGAAACAACUUCAGCACUUAACGGAGAACGGAGGAUUAACAGCCGAACUUUCUAUAGAACCACAUAUGAGACGUAUUUAAACUACAAAGACGUUUUGUUGCGUGUGAACGUUAAUGUCCGAAUGCUGGUAGCACAUGGAUCGGCUGUUGCUGUUUUUCUACACAUCUGUGAAUCAGAUUCUCAGCGGAUGGAUCUUUUUUUUAUGCAAGUGACGCCAGCGGCUCCGUCCUCACUGCGGCAGGACUCUUCAGGCUAAACCCAGGAAAGUUUCAGGUAUACAGACUCUUUUAUUCCGCCGACGGGACGUUUUACCUUUCUCUACGUAGCAGAAUGCUAACGGCUAAACCUCAGAGCGAGCUACUCGCCGCAGAAACUAAAGCUGUAAAUAAAGGCCGACGGACACACAAACCAGGGAUGGGCAAUAUGGGAUAAAUCAGUUGUCAUGACAACAUGAGAGUACAACAGCGACACAAAGUACCGCCUGCUGAUUGGCUGGCAGCUGGCCGACUUCGAAUUUGUUUCGUGGCGUCCAGUUUGUUUAAAGCUCAUUGGGAAUAUUCAAAAUCAUGAAAAUACUUUCUCCAAGAAAACACUAAAAAUAUAGUAGGGUGGUGUAUUUUACGCCUGUUACCACACCCAUCAUUGAGGCGAGUACACCUGUAAAUCACUGCAUACUGUAGAAGACACGGAGGUCUCUACAAACAAUUUUAACAGCUUGACUUAAAUAGAUGGAUAAAUAUCUACAACGUCUGAGGGAUUUCUUUAUUUUAUACUUCAAACCGGAUUCUUCGAAAAUGUUGACUCGUUAACUCAGACAAGGAAAUAUUACCAACUCGUUUUAACCUCCACUUUGUAAACACACAAUUUGAAACCAAGUUUAUUCCAAUGGGAUUAAACAACCUGACGGUCCAGAACAUUUUCUGAUUAAUCGCAAAGAACAAACCGAUGGAGAUCACGGUGCGUCUUUGUCCUUCUGUCGUAUCGAUAACUGAGGACAAACAAAAGAAGCAAAGAUAUUGCUCAGCUCUGAAACCAACCCCAUAAAAACAUCAAACUAUUAAACUCAAAUCCAUUCUCCAGAAUCAUAAAACAAAUCUGUUUCUACCUAAACGUGAACUGGUCCAGACCGCCAAAUGUCCACAGAGCUGUUUAUCAAUCCAGUUCAUUCCAGUCUGGUCUAUCUAGUCUGGUUGAUUCUAGACUAGUGCAGUGCAGCCUAAUCUAGUCCUGUUCGGUUCAGUCCAGUCUGGAGGAAUCUAUAAAGGAGGAGAAGUGGGAUCAGAGUUCAGGUCCGAUGGACCUCCAUGUUUUUGUUAAAAAGAUCAGAAUCGGAACAGAUUUUUAGUGUGAAGUAAUUUUUCUCUAGAAAACACAUGUGACACCUGCUCGGAAUCUAUAAAUAAGGAAUAAAGAGUUUAAAGGAUCCAACUUCUCCUCCUCCUCAAUGGUUCUUCAGUUUCAUCUUACGGUUUCAGUCAAACUGUGAAAACAGCACAACCUCAUCGUCAUCAUCAUCCUCGUUCUCCUCUUCAUCACCCUCUGGUCCUCAUGGUGUCUCUCGAGGCUCCUUUUUGCUUCACAACCAGGUUUCAUGGUUCUUCAGCUUCUGUUUGUUAUGUUACUAUAUCCAAUAACAUGCCUAAUUAUGAAUCAAAUCAUUUAGACGUACUGUAUACUCAAUGAGAUUACUCUUUACUGUUGAUUCCUCAAAUAUAUCCUAAUAUAUCAAAGAAGCAUUUACUAAAUUAACUUUGAAUACUGUGCAUUUGAUUUUAAAGAAGUACGGGGGUUUUAUGUGAAGAUAUCUUAUGUUGCAUGUCUCUGUUGGGGGGAGGGAGGGUUAGAAAAAUGUGAAGAAACUUCUCUCACCAUGACCACUCGAUCACUCACAGGUCGCAUCUCCAGAAGAAAUAAAGCACUUUAAGUGUC